AGUACCAAAAAUACCAAGAAGAUCUAGAAUUCCAAAUUAUAUUGCCGCAUGUGGAUGUUGUGGUAAUGAAAACCAUAAUCAUUAUGAUCCUCAAUAUCUAUUUCAAAAUGGAUUAGUACAACUAUGUUUAAAUUCUAGAUUAAUAAAAUCAAUUAGAGAAUUAAGAUUGUG